UGGUUCCUGAAUGAGACCUGGAGAAAGAACCUUUUUUAACCCUAGUUUACUUUUCCUACCUUUCUCGCCUAUGGAUUCUAAGCUGUGACUGCUACUGUACGGAACUACGGGCAGUCACUAUCUCAGCUCUGAUGUGCGUCCUCCUACUAGAAGCUUUUCGGAGCUGCCGAGGUAACCGUGCCCCAGCACUGCGCGUGCGCGGAAGACGGAACUGGGUGUGAGCUGUCACAGGUAUCCCUACUGCGCAUGUGUAAGGGCGGCACUGACCGUGGAGGUGGACCUGGUCUCCCUGAGGGCAAUUAAGAAACAUUGGAAUGGAAAGAAAGUGCUGUAGGCGUCCUGGGUUAUGUUCCUCAACGAUGUAUACAUUCCUACUGGGUGCUGUAUUCAUUGCUUUAAGUUCAAGUCGGAUCUUACUGGUAAAAUAUUCUGCCAAUGAAGAGAACAAGUAUGACUAUCUUCCAACGACUGUGAAUGUGUGCUCAGAAUUGGUGAAGCUAGUUUUCUGUGCGCUGGUGUCAAUCUGUGUUAUAAAGAAAGAAAAUCAUCAAAGUAGACAUUUGAGAUGUGCUUCCUGGAAGGAAUUGUCUCAGUUCAUGAAGUGGUCCAUUCCUGCCUUUCUCUAUUUCCUGGAUAACUUGAUUGUCUUCUAUGUUCUAUCAUAUCUCCAACCUGCCAUGGCUGUUAUCUUCUCAAAUUUUAGCAUUAUAACAACAGCUCUUCUAUUCAGGAUAGUGCUCAAGCGGCAUCUAAGCUGGAUACAGUGGGCAUCCCUUCUGAUUCUGUUUUUGUCUAUUGUGGCCCUCACUACCGGGACUAAAACUUCACAGAAUAACCUGACAGGACAUGGAUUUCAUCACGAUGCCUUUUUCAGCCCAUCCAACUCCUGUCUUCAUUUCCAAAAUGAAUGUUCCAGGGAAGAUAAUUGCACAGCAAAGGAGUGGACUUUUCCUGAAGCUAAAUGGAACACUACAGCCAGAGUUUUCGGUCAUAUCCGUUUGGGCUUGGGCCAUGUUCUCAUUAUAGUACAAUGCUUUGUUUCUUCAAUGGCCAAUAUCUAUAAUGAAAAGAUACUGAAGGAAGGGAGCCAGCUCACUGAAAGCAUCUUCAUACAGAACAGCAAACUCUAUUUCUUUGGCAUUGUAUUUAAUGGGCUGACAUUAGGCCUUCAGAGCAGCAACCGGGAUCAGAUUAAGAGCUGUGGUUUUUUUUAUGGCCACAAUGCAUUUUCAGUAGCCCUUAUUUUUGUAACUGCAUGCCAGGGCCUUGCAGUGGCUUUCAUCCUGAAGUUCCUGGAUAACAUGUUCCAUGUCUUGAUGGCCCAGGUCACCACUGUCAUCAUCACAGCCGUGUCCGUCCUGGUCUUUGACUUCAGGCCCUCCCUCGAGUUUUUCUUGGAAGCCCCAUCUGCCCUUCUCUCCAUAUUUAUUUAUAAUGCCAGCAAGUCUCAAAAUCUAGAAUAUGCACCUAGGCAAGAAAGGAUCCGAGAUCUAAGUGGCAAUCUUUGGGAGCGUUCCAGUGGGGAUGGAGAGGAACUGGAAAGACUUACCAAACCCAAAAGUGAUGAAUCAGAUGAAGAUACUUUCUAAUUUGUACCCAAUUCGUUGGCAGCUCUCACAAACUGUAUUUUCACAUUUGCAAUAUUUGUAAUAUUUAUCUUCUCAUUUUGAUAAACUAAGAAUAGUCUAAAAUGUAAUAUUCUCUGCAUAUACCUAAAUACUCCCUAAUGGUUCUAUCCCAAGCUUUAGAGUACCCCAAAAGUGACAUAUUUCUAAGAAUUGAUGCAUAAACAGUAACAUAGAGACUAUAUUAAUAGCUCAGUACUUGAUACAGUAACAAUGUAUAUUUUCAGAGUGUUGUCCUUCGAGGUUCCAAAAAACUUUGAGAAAUCAUGUUCAAUAGACUCUAUAGGGACAUCACUUUGCCAGAUAUUUAUGAUUAUGCCGUGCUAGUCUGUAUGUCACAAUCUUCCCUUAGUUAUUAUUGUGACUAUUGUCCCUCAAAAUUUUCACUUCCUAGAGAUAGUCUUGUUGUCAUUAAAAAGCAUGAGAUUCUAAAAAAUUCUCUCAAAGACCUCUCUGGUGGUGAUGUAGAUUUGGAAUGAUGAAGUCUGUGUUCAGUGUUUUGCUUAAGAAGCAAUUUUUCAAAAACAAAAUUUGAGAAUUUUCAUUUUUUAGGAACUUAUGAAAGUUUUUCUUUUUAGUAAUUAUCUUUUUUAUAUUUCGUAUGAAAGUAAGCUUUAGUUAGGUGAAAGUUCCCAAGUCAUCACAGUUAACCAUUAUAUUUUAAGGCAUUGUAGGGAUUUUUCCCCUCUUUAAUUCAGUACUCUUUGAAGAACCUGUACAUAAAAAUGUAUUUUAUUAGUUAUGAAGUAGUCUGUGACUAUUAAAUAUCUUUAUUUAUUUUGUUACUAUGAGUCAAGACACUGGCUUUGGAAUCACACCAGACUAUCAGAAUGAUGUCUGAGUUCCUUUUAUAAAUAGUUGUCAACUUUUAAUUAAACAUGAAUAUUAUUACUAUAAAAAUAGGAAAGCUAGUAAUCAUUAAGUCAGUUACACUAGUAGUUCAUCCUUCUAAGUGCAUGGUAUUUUUCAAGGUAUUUUUGCACGCAGCCAGUUGACUCUUAUUAGACCAAGCAGUCAGGUGAUAAAUAAUUGUCCCAGGCCAUGCAGUUAGAUAAUGAUGGAAAGAAUAGACUUUUGCUGACAAACCUGUGUGUUUACCAAGUCUUAUACUAUAAAUGUAAAUGACAAGAUGUCAUGCAGCAUACACAUUCCCUCUUCAAGUUUUUAUGACCUUUUUAUAUAAUAUAUAAUCUGUGAUAUGUAAAGUAAUAUGAAUGAGAAUAAUU